CCACGUCCGGUGGACAGUGUGGUGAUCUCAGACUACGGAGAGGCUCCAGAGACAGGGGUGGUGUUUGAGAUCAGCUCCCCAGAGAACAACGUCUUCAGUCGGGUCAACAUCAGCUACGCAGAGGGCCGGGAGCAGAGAUCCAUGCUCUAUAAAGGUGAGGCCUCUGGCUGGACAGACUGGAUCAACAGGCGAAAGCUGAAUAGGCCUGUUUUCAGGCAAGUUCUGAGCGUUUCGGAGGCAGUUCAGAGCAGUUCAUAGUUCACAUUGUUUUGAGUUUGAAUCCACUGAGUUUAGCAUGUCUGUAUUAGGUCAUGUUUGGGGCAGACACACCAAUCCAAAUCAGACUUCAGUGUUUCCUGAUCAGAAACACAAGUGGAAGACUAAUGUGUUCUGUCCUCAAAUUUCUAUAAAGCAGACUGUUUCUGUGUUAUAGACUUCUACAAUGGGAAGACUAAUGUGUUUACAUUUACAUUUAAGUAAUUUAGCAGACGCUCUUAUCCAUAGCGACUUACCUGCAAUUUCAGGGUUAAUUGCCUUUUGCUCAAGGUGCACGAGAAUCGACCGAUCUUCACCUAUCGCUCGGAUUAGAACCGUAGCGCCCGUUUCGUGUUACUGGCACACGCUCUUACCCACUAAGCUACCUUUGUUCUUUUUUAAUAAUACUUUCUAAUAACUUAACUGCCUUUUGUUACGAAAACACGGCUACCCUCCCCGGACGUGUUACAGCAACAUCUCCUUCCAGCUGAUCCUCUGAAGCUUAAAGUUCAACAGAACCACAACUGGUCCGGACGCGCGACCUGACCCACUUUACCCCAGCAAACGGACAGGUAACACUACAAUAACCACGCGCCCCGGCAACACAGACAGUAACUAACUACAUAACCCCGAGCCCCCUCGGCAACACAGACAUGUAACUACUACAUAACCCACUAGGCCCCGCAACACAGGACAUGUAACUAACUACAUAACCCACGACCCCGUCAACACAGGACUGUACUAACUACAUAACCCACCGACCCCGGCAACACAGGACAGGGGUAACGGUAACUACAUAACCCAGAGCCCCGGCAACCCAGGACAGUAACUAACUACAUAACCCACGAUCCCCUUCAACACAGGACAGGUAACUCUAACUAACAUAACCCACUAUCCCCCGGCCACACCAGGACAGGUAACUAACUACAUAACCCAACGAGCCCCGGCAACACAGGACAGGUACCUAACUACAUAACCCACGAUCCCCGGCAAACACAGGACAGGUAACUACCUACAUACCCCACGAGACCCCGCAACACAGGAUCAGAGUAACUAACGACAUAACCCACGAGUCCCGCAACACAGACAGGUACUAACUACAUAACCCACGAGACCCUGCAACACGUACAUGUAACUAACCUACACUAACCCACGACCCGGCAACACAGACAGUAACAACUAACAUGAACCCACGAGUCCCGGCAACACAGGACAGGUAAACUAACUUACUAACCCACAGACCACGCCACACAGACAUGUAACUAACGACAUAACCCACGAGCCCCCGGCAACACAGGACAGGUAACUAACUACAACUACAUAACCCACGAUCCCCGCACACAGGAACCAGGUAACUAACUACAAUAACCCACCCACUACCCCGAUCCCGGCAACACAGGACAGGUAACUAACACAUAACCCACGGCCCCGCAACACAGGACAGGUAACUACCUACAUAACCCCGAGCCCCGGCACAGGCCCCGGCAACACGGACAGGUAAUUACUACAAUAACCCACGAGGUUCCCGGCAGACACAGGACGGUAACUAACUACAUAACCACGAGCCCCCCGCAACACAGGACAGUAACUACUACUAACAUACCCACGAGCCCGCAACACAAGACAAGGUAACUAACCACAUAACCCACACCCCGGCAACACAGACAGUUCACUAACUACAUAACAUAACCCACGAGCCCCCGCAACACAGUACAGGUAACCUAACUACAUAACCCACUAGACCCGGCAACACCAACAAAGGACAGGUAACAACUACAUAACCCCGAUCCCCGCAACACAGACAGGUAACUACCUACAAUAACCCACGAUCCCUCGGCAACACAGGACAGGUAACUAACUCAUAACCCACGAGCCCCGGCACACAGGACAUGUAAAACUACCUACAUAACCCACGAGCCCCGGCAAACACAGACUGUAACUAACUACAUACCCCACGAGCCCCGGCACACCGGACAGGUAACUAACUACAUAACCCACGGCCCCGGCAACACAGACAGG